UCCAUUUUAUUUUUUUCAUUCAAAUCAUUUUCCACAAAUUCCUUCCCUCCCAUUUCCUCGCUUUCCCGCAAAAAAACGAUUUCAAUUUCCGCCCCCAAAAUCCAAAUCCGAAAAAAAAGCAAACCCAUUUUUUCUCACUUUACUCGAACAAAAACCCAAUAACCUUUACCUCUCUUUUCUCUUUGAAAUUCAAUUACAACUCGGAAAAAGAAAAAUCUGAAACCCUAGGCAAUCACAUUCUUAGGAAAAAUGGGUGAUUCUUCAAAAAACGUGGACGUGGAGCAGCUGAUAGCGUACAGUGACGACCUCGUUCGAGUUCUGAAGGACAAGAGAGACAUCAACAGCUUCUCGCAGUGUCUAGAACAUUCCAAGUCCCUUCGCUCUUCUUGUGACUCUGAUUUCAAUCAGCUCCAGAGCUCACUCCAAGAUUAUCAGAAAAAGAUAGAUGUAUGUAAGAAGAAGACAGAGGAGGCAAAAUCUGAGGUUGCUGCAGAUGCAGAAAUUGACCUCCUUCAGAAAGAAUUGGAAGUGGAAAUGGAGAAAGAACAUUUGCUUAUGGAUGAGCUUAGAAGGAUAAACAAUGAGAUUAAUGAUCUGGAACUCCAAAGUAUUCCCCUUCAAGAGCGAAGGCAAGCUCUGAAGAGACUUGAGCAGGAUGAGAUGAGGGCAGAGAGGAUGCUUUCAUUGUAUGCUUCUGUCACAAACAUUAUUCCAAACUUAGAUGAUCAGUCUAAAAUUUCAGGCCAUAUUGUGGAUAGGGAGAAAAAGGUGGUUGAGAGGUUUGAAUUUGACCUGACAAAGAUAGAUCCUGUUGAUGCAUGUAAUGGCAUUUGGAAAAUGAUAAGUUCGUGAUAAAUAUGGGACAUUCUUCCUUUCAGACAGUAUGUGUAAUAUAGUGUGCUAACUACCUUUAGAACUUUUUGUCUGGUAAUUUUAGGGACUGCAUUUUGCAAAUUUCAAAUCUUUAAUCUUUAGUUAGGUUUGUGUUUGUAAUAAGUUAUUGUAGAGCCAUAUUUUCCAGUGUUUAUUCUAGAAUGGUUCUGGUGCCUGCAAGAGGAAUUUUAGUUUCAGUUUCCACUUGUAUUUUGUUGAAGAAACGUAGUCAUGUUUUGUGGAAAUGUAUCAUUCUAGUUUUAAGUGCUACAGACAAUUUUGAUUAAGAAUAAAAUAAAGUGAGAUUAGCCAU